AUGAUCCCACCGCAUCACAACCUGGCGCUUGUACUCGCCAUCUUGGCAACCCUCGUGCUCACCUCCACCGCUCAAACCCCCCGCCCGGCACUGACAAAGCAAGCCUUUCGCAAGCUCCUCAAACUACGCUUCCUUCCAACCAUGUCCCACCCCCCCCCCGCCACGUCUUCCCCGUCUCCUAUCUUUCAUCCCCUCAUCUUCAUACCCGGUUUCCAAGGCACUCUCCUCUCUCAAGGCUCGCGUCCUCUCUUCCUCACCCCUAUUACACCCUCUACCUACACUCAGCUGUACACGAUCCUACGCACUAUCCCCUUCCUCUCCCCUCUCUCUGUAGAAUAUCCGUCCUCCACAUGCGCUCCUUCCCCACAUUCGCAUAUCUGUCACUGCCACCCGCUCCCUGUGCUACGCUCCCAACCGCUAUCAGCAUAG